UAUAAAGAGCCUAUCACGUCUAUUCGGAGCAAUUCUGAGACGAUCAUCUUGCUGCUAAACACAAGACAAGACUUGGACAACAUUGGAAGUCUUCUGAUUAAGCCGAUAUAGCGCGGUGGUUCAACAUGGCAUCACUUCCUAUUUGGGUCCUUGUGGUGUGCUUGGGCCUGGUGUAUUCUGCAUCAGGCGAUUUAGAUAAAACCGGAAUGGAAGGUCAGUUGGACCAGGAAGAAACCCGUCAGUUAGGUGAAAUCGGAAUGGAAGGUCAGUUGGGUGACAACGAAAUCCGUCAAUUAGAUGAAAUUGGAAUGGAAGGUCAGUUAGGCGGCGAAGAAACCCGUCAAUUAGACAACGUCCGCGGAAGAAGAUUAUUUAGAAGGAGCAGCAGGAGAAGCGGAAGCAGAAGUCGUCGCCGACGCACAUCCGGUGGCAGUGGCAAGCCCGGUGGCAGUGGCAAACCCGGUAGCGGUGGCAAACCUGGUACCGGUGGCGGCCCCAAUAUAGAUAUCACCCUUCCUGAUCUGGAGUGUAUUCCAGCCACCGGCGUCGGAUGUUUUCCCCCUGACACUUGUAAUAUCCUUGGUCGCUGUGUUCCUGCUGAGUAUGAGGAUGGAUAUUAGUGAUAACUUAACGUGCGUGAUGGCGCCUUGCGUAGCGACUCCGGAUCAAUCGGUUGUUUUCAAUUUCCUGCAUGUUUCAAACAAAAUGUUUAUUUAAAAAGUCGUACCAAGACAUUAUAUAGCUAUAGGUGAUGGGAAAUUGACAUAUAUUAUAUGAUUCGUGAAAUAGAGAAGACAACGUGAAAUACGGAAUAUCAAUAAAAAAUAUUUUACCUGUGUAACACUCUUCUAUGUCUUAAAAUAUCUGAGCACAAUUCUACCAGCGCCUUCGUCCUCUCUAUUAUCCAUUGCAAGUAGCAAGUAGGUGUCCAGAUAUGAAUAUACCUUAUAUGUCAAGCAUAUACGAACGAUUGUUUUGAAUAAAGGUAUUUUUAGUCAAGACUGUUACCAGGAAUUAACUUUUUUAAACAUUGUGAGCUUGAACUAACAUCAGCUAUGAAUUAAUCUUGAGCUUUUUGGGUGUUAAUUGUGUGCAAAAUAUUUAUGAAGCAUAGUAUGAAAAACAAGCUUUAUUUGACACAGAGUUUGGCUGAUGGGCUUCAAAGUAAAAGGACUGAGCAAAGAAAAUGCUUUUAAA